AUGACUCCAUCCCGCGACUGGACUACCUACAUCGGCUCCUCGCUCAUCUCCAUCGGCACCCACAGCCUACACAUCCACCUCAGCGGCCAGCGACACAACCCCAAAGACCCACUAGUGAUCAUUCUCACCGGCGCCGGAGACGUGGCAUCCUCCCACGUCGCCGUGGAGCCCCUCGUAGCAGCCCACAGCCGCAUCCUGCUCUACGACCGGUCCGGGUUAGGCCACAGCGAAAGCGCACCCUACCCUGCAACAGCGGUGAGCGCCGCGCAAGACCUCCACAGCCUGCUCCAGCGCAUCGGGCCCGCCGCGCCACUGCUCCUAGUGGCGCAUUCGUACGGCGGCAUCGUCGCCCGCGAGUACCUGCACGCCUAUCCCGAGGAUGUGGCGGGGAUGGUCCUGAGCGAGAGCGCGACGGAGCGAGUGUGUGAUUACUUCCGGGUCCCGGAUCCCGAUAUCACGGCUGUCAUGGGGGAGCUACGCUGGGCGACGGUGACCGGGUUGCGGGACCAGUCGGUCCUCUCGAGAGAGCAGUGGCGGCAGCGGGCGAUUGAUAUCUCGCGCGGCGCAGAUGGUGCCGCGCAGCAGGAGACGAGUUCGUUGGUGGAGGUUUGUCGGACGUUGGCGGCGAAGAGCCAAUUUCAAAGGAGGGCCAUGGGGUCCCGGCCGCUGAGUGUGAUCCGAUGUAAUAGCGCCAGCGAGUAUGAGCGGGUUUAUGCUACGGGUGUGGCAAUGGGCAAUGGGACUCCCGAGCAGCAGCGCGCGUUUCGUGAUCUACUGGAUCGGUGGGACGGCAUUGAUCAGGCGCUGGCGGAGGAACAGCUGCUGCUGUCGUCGCGUACGCAUCUGGUGCAUAUCCCAGACUGUGGACACAAUGUCCACCUCGUGCGUCCGGAUGUGGUGGCGGCGGAGAUUCGGUGGGUUCUGGGUCAGCUAGGGACCUGA